AGCCCCUCGAGUGAAUUCCAGAGUUUCUCGAUGGCGACAGGUCUGCUGACGUGGCAGGCGAUGACAAUGGAAUCUGCGUAACUGAGCAGAGAGCAACCAGCAGAGAGUAUGGACGAGAUGUACGACCCCCUCAAGUGUAACGAAGACCUGCCCUCCUCGCCUGGCUGCCACAUGGAUUACGAUGACAUGCCGGAGCUUCAGGCGGCGGACGAGGAUCAGAGGUCUCCGGGGUUGUUGCUCCAGGUUGGAGCCGGAGUGUCCCACCAGGAGACCAACACCAACUGGCUUGCUGAGCUGGCAAACAUCGCCACCAGUCCUCAGAGCCCACUGCUGAAAGACGCACCACAUAAGAGAUCAUCUCCAGUCCACAUUUUUGGCAACAGUUUACAUUCCUACGCCCGUCCUCCUCUCGCCAGCAGCGCGCCAAUCCCCUCUAGAGGUCACCUCAGGGAGCGCAGGCGUGUCAGGGCCAGCAGUGAAUCCGAGUCUGGAGUUUUCUCCAUGUCCUCAUCCUUCUCUGACGAUGAAGACAUGGCCUGGUCUCACUCAUGGCCCUCCACAGCCUGGCACUGCUUCCUCAAAGGAACUCGCCUCCGCUUCCAUCGCGGCCCCAACGUGGAGUGGCAGGAGGCAGACGAGCUGAGGGAUUCCGAUGAAGAUUCAGAGGAAGAGAGCAUGAUGCCGUCCUCCGCCUCCUUCAAGCAAUUUGGUGUGGACGGAUUGAAGUUGAUAAGUCAUGAAGAGACGCUGUCGUUCGGCCAGGCGGUUUUGAAGCUGACCUUCGACCCCGGCUCUCCCUAUGACGGCCUUUUAACAGCUGAAUGCAGACUGGAUCACCCCUUUUUUGUCAGAAGUAAAGGGUGGUCCUCCUUCUAUCCGAGCCUUACCGUGGUGCAUCAUGGGAUACCUUGCUAUGAAAUGCAUCUGGGCGACACGUGCCUGCCACCAAACCACCCCGAUGCAAUUAAAUGUGACGAUUCGGUCGUUUUUGAUACGUUUAGAAGUUACGACUUCACCCCGCUGGAUUCCUCCGCCGUGUACGUCCUCAGCAGCAUGGCCCGUCAGCGCAGGACCUCCCUGUCCAGCGGGGGCGCUGUCAGCCCGGACUGCGAUAAGCUGGAGCGCUACGGCUCCCCGCAGCCGUCCGGCGGCAAGUCGGGCAGGACCCACACAUCAGGGAGCGCCGUCGGUGCCACGCCUACAAAAUGCAAGCGUCCAAUGAAUGCCUUCAUGCUUUUUGCCAAGAAAUACCGAGUGGAGUACACCCAGAUGUACCCCGGGAAAGACAACAGAGCCAUUAGCGUCAUCCUGGGCGACAGGUGGAAGAAGAUGAAGAGCGAGGAGAGGAGGAUGUACACCAUGGAGGCCAAGGCUUUGGCCGAGGAGCAGAAGCGCCUCAACCCGGACUGCUGGAAACGUAAAAGAACAAACUCGGGUUCCCAGCAGCCGUGAAAAGCGCCCUAACCCGGAGACGUGCCUCUUUUUUUUUUGCCCUCCUGUAUUCUUGACACUCAACUGUGACGCUUUUUGUAACCUCCCGACCUUUUUAUAGAGACGCACCUAUUGGGGGGGGGAACGGUGAACUAUAAAACAGAGCAUGCCAUGUAGUCACUAACAGUGCAUAUAUUUUCUUACUAUAUCCUUACAUGCAACAGAAAGGAAAAAAAAACAUAUAUUCCUCAUUAUUUCCUACCAAAUUAGCCCGUGGUGCUACGCUUCAGCAUAGAGACGACACAUGUCUAUUUAUAAGUGUGUCGGUGAUAUUUUUCAUAUAAUUGCACACAUUUGUGUAAUGUCCACGAUAUAUAAAACCUCCCCGGGAUACGUAGCCAACGCCGCCGCCGCCGCCACGUGGUCACCAGACUUCUGCCAUACGAUGAUCAGCGGUGGUUUUACACUCAAGUCACCGCCGAGCACUUCAGGCCUUUUUUUUUUUUCUUCCCCCCGCUGCCAGUGUUCAUUCCUCUUGCACUUUAUAUAUUACCAUAGAUACAUGUACUCUUUUUAACUUUUUCUAGUAGGAAACAUCGGUUGUUAUCGGCGAGUGGAGUUGUCUUCAAAAAAACCCGCCACAUUCUGCUUUCAGGUCGCAAUAAUGUUCAUAAUGUACAGGUUUCACAGCCCCAAAAAUUGCACAGAAUAUCCUUGUAUCAUAUUAUAAAUAAUUUUUGUAAACUUG